UGCGCACGGGGCCGGGGGCGCGGGGCGGCGGAACGGGAGCGGGAGGGGACGCGGUUGAACGGUCCUGGGCAGCCCCGACCCACCCCCGGGGGGCGCGGACCCUCCCGGUGCCCCUCCGUAGGGUUCCCCGGCCAUUCCCCCCCCCUCCCCUCCUUCGCAUCCCGGUGCCGUCGGUGGAGCGGCAGCGGAGCGCUCCCGGCGGCGCUUUGAGGAUCCACGUCGGGGUUUAACGGGGAGAGCAACAGCGGGGGUCUCCGGGAGCCUCAGCUGUCCUCCAAGCCCGGGGAGGAACGACGAGGAGGGGGCGGCACCGGGGAGAGCCCCCCGGGGGGGGGUCCUGGGCUGCGCGUCGCCCCGUCGCGAUGCUCGCCGUUGUCAUGGAGACGGGCGGCUGCGCGGUCGUCAUGGCGACGGGGGAUGCUGCGAGUGGUCCAGGCGGUUCCCCCGGAACGGGGCGGAGGGGGCGGUGGGGCCGGGGCGGCGGAGCCCGGUGGGCCGCGGGCACGGAGCCGGACCCGGGGGUGCGGGCGGCUGAAAGAGUCCUUUGUGGCCGUUCCAGCAUUCCCGGAGCCUGAGCGCUGCAAGGAGCGGGUGAACUCUCUGGCCAUUGCUGUGAUGAACAUGUGGCCGGGGGUGAGGCUGCGGGUGACAGAGGGGUGGGAUGAGGACGGCCACCACCUCCCCGACUCGCUGCACUACGAGGGCCGGGCGCUGGACAUCACCACAUCGGAUCGGGACCGCCACAAAUACGGGAUGCUGGCACGGCUGGCUGUCGAGGCCGGCUUCGAUUGGGUCUACUAUGAGUCCAAAGCUCACAUCCAUGUCUCCGUCAGAGCAGACAACUCCUUGGCCAUCCGCACCGGCGGCUGCUUCCCCGGCCACGCCACGGUGACGCUGCGGAGCGGUGAGAGCCGGGGUUUGGCUGAGCUUCGUCGGGGCGAUUGGGUGCUGGGAGCCGAGCCAGGCGGGCGCCUGGUGCCCACCCAAGUGCUGCUCUUCCUCCACCGCGACCUCGGCCAACGCGCGUCCUUCGUGGCCAUCGAGACGGUUUCUCCAUCCCAACGGCUGCUGCUCACCCCGUCCCACCUCGUUUUCGCCUCUCGCGGGGUCGCCAACGGCUCUGCCACGUUCCUGCCCGUCUUCGCCCGUCGGCUGCGCCCGGGGGACGCCGUGUUGGCCCAUGGGGACGAAGGGUUGCGUCCUGCAAAGGUGCUGAGGGUGUCGAGGGAGGAAGGGAUCGGGGUGUUCGCCCCGCUCACCUCCCACGGGACCCUCCUGGUGAACGGGGUGCUGGCAUCCUGCUACGCUGUCCUGGAGAGCCACCGCUGGGCUCACCGUGCCUUCGCUCCGCUGCGGCUUUUCCAUGGGCUCCUCUCGCUGCUGCCGGCCCGCCCCGAGCCGGGGAACGGGACGGUGCCCGAGGUGGGCGUGCAUUGGUACUCGCGGCUGCUGUACCGCCUGGCUCGCGGCGUGCUGGGCCGUGAGGGUGCGGGGGGCGUAGGGACGCCCCCUCCUGGGGACUCGCCGCUGGGUGCUCGGUGCUUGGAGCCUGGAGGGUGAGGAGGGGGCGUGGGGCACCUCCAGGCCUGCACCGAGGGUGGGUGUCCACUGGGUGGGCAUCUCUCAAAUUGGUGCCUCUCACUGGGUGUCCUCUGGGUGGGAGCCCCUCAGGUGUGGAUCCCCACCAGGUGUGUCUCCCCCACGUAUGCCCCCCCCUGGGUGGGGGUGGGUGCCCCUCAUUGGGAGACCCGUGUGGGUGUCCCCUGGUGGGUGGUCCUCAGGUGGGCACUCCUUGAGUGGAUGCCCCACACUGGGUGUCUCCCCCAGGUGUCCCCCCCACCAUGUGGGCACCCCUCGCCCUCAGGCACCUGCCCCUGGGAUGGGUGCCCCCAAGUGGGUGAUGCUUGGGGUGACGGUGGGGCAGCACAGGGACCACAGCUCGGCUCCACGCCCCCCACAGCGCUACCAGGUGCCCCGUGCCCCCCCCCUCCCACUCCCCCCGUAUUUAUUGCUUUAUUAACCGCUGUGGAUGGCGCUGGGGUCAUUGCACCGAGGCCAAAUCCACCCCAGAGUGGCUUCGGUGAACCCACCCCCACCUGCUGCUGCUGGCACCUUGGAGGGGGGGGCGGGACCUCUGCCACCCGUGGGGGUCCCCGUCCCCACGUGGCUCAGUGCUGUGGGGGAUCCAAUCCCGGUGUGUGCCAUGGGCACGGGGGGGGCCCAGCUCUAACCCACGCUAACCACUAACCUCCCCCACCCCCCAUUAAGAGUUUUAUUUUUCUAUUUAUAAAUGAUAAUAUAAAUGCGCUCGGCACCGCACGCCUCGCAGCGGGGCGGAGGAGGGGGGGGGGUGGGUGGAGAAGAACGCGCUUUUAACCACUUCUGUUUAAAAAAAAAAUAAUGUUAAUAUUUAAUUGUUUCUGGAAAUAAAGAGAA